AACGCCAUAAAAGUUAGAGGGCGUUCUUGUUGAGUGACAAGAGGGGAGAUGAAAGUGCUGCAUUAUGGUCUUCCACCAAACUGUCAUAUACAAGGUGUGUGUAUACUAUUAGAGUCUAUCCCAUAUCGGAAGUUGACUAGACUUCCAAGAGAGACUAUGUGACUUCCAACACUACAAGAAUCUGCCGGAUUUGCAACAGAUAUUUGCUACGGACAUCACUCCGUUGCAGAUCUGCAACAACUCUGCGAUGGCUUUUGAAAUUUUGUGUCCCUGAUAUAUUCUGCGACGGAACUUUUUUUUCCCGUCGCAGAACUGCAAUGGAAUGUUUGAGUUGAUGGAUUCCAGUUUUCUCGACAUUGUUUACAAGACACAGUGCUUUAUGAAGCACCACCCACCAUCACUCAAGAGCCACUAGAGGCCAUAAAGUUGCUUGCUUUCAAAACCGAAGAGCUUCAUAUGACGAGUAUGUCCUUGGCACGCUGUGGAAAACUUCUGGAGCUAUGUGUUUUGCUUAUGGUGGCUUGGGAAAAGUUGUUAAAUAAAGCUAAUGCUGAUGAAAGCCCCCCAUUAGAACGAUGCAUAAAGGAAGAGUUACAAUGGACAUUUGUUGAGAAGGCUAAAUUGUUUUGUCACGUGGGUUGUGAUGAGGUGCUCAAUGCUCAUAAGCGUAGAGAGAAAUGGCUGAUCUAUGCAGGUUCGAUGCUCCACAUUUUCAAUCAAGUCGGUGGUGUUCUUGACAAGUUUCAUCUUUCAGAAAGAACAGAGACCCCCCCUUUCAGCCAAUGGAUCGUCAUGAUCUUGCGGUAGAAUUUACUGAUUCAUCGAGAGCAGCCGGAUUCAAGUUGGAAAUUAAGGGGACACAUGAAGAUAUAAGAAAGGCUUAGUUACUGUUCAUCUGCUACUCUUGAAGGUUCAAUUCACCUCGGUUCAAGCUCGUUUGAAGGCCAAUUUUUUGGGGAUUAUGGGCGACAUGGGAUGCUCUCUCAACACCUGAAAUUGGAUUUCCAAACCAGUUGAAGGAAGCUGCUAAUUGAGCAAAAUUUUGGACUCGGCGUCACUGUUCACCGCGAGGUCUUCAAGUCCAGGUUGUCGGAUUCCAGCUUUCUCCACGAUGCAUUCAGGAUUGGACACUAUGCUUUAUCAAGCACCACCUACCAUCACUGUAAGUGAUUUUGCUUAAUGAGUUUGCUCUGAUUUUAUUAGGGUUUUCUCUGAUUUUAGGUCUAUAAUGUUCCAUAGUAGUAGUAUAAUAAAGUGUUCUAUUCAUUCUAUUCAACAAAAUGUGCAUGACUUGGGCAUCCUUAGUAAAUUUAGGAAGAUGUAUGAAGUGGAAUUUGUCUCAUCUCCGCACAUGGCCAUUAGU